AUGAAGUUAUUGAUUUUUCUUGCCUUGUUAAAAUUUUGCUUUAUCGAUGGAACGUUGGUAAAUGAUGGUCCGGUUUUUCCACCACCGUAUCGUCCAUGGCGAACUAGUCCGCCAGGUCAUUUACAAAGUCUCGGGCAUCAAAGACCACCCGAAGGUCCAGUAAGACCAUAUGUCGAUCGAUUUUUGCAUCCAGUUGAUUUCUGGAAGUAUCAUGUUAAGGACAAAUUGCCUUUGGUUUACCGUAACGCCAUUACUGGUUCACCCGCUAUAAAGUUAUGGACCGAUGAUUAUUUACUAAAAAAUUAUGGCGAUUUGGAUGUUUUAGUUGAGCGAAAAGUAGAGAAUCGAUCAUAUUCACCACGAAGAAUGGUAUUAAAAGGAUUUCUAAAGCAAUAUAGGAAAGAAGAUAUCUAUGUGGUAACAGUUUUACCAGAUGCGAUGAGACCUGAAGUUCAGAUUGUUCCAAGCGUUUUAUGUGGAACUUUUAAAACCUAUCUGCAAGAGACAAAUUUAUGGAUUGGCUCUGGCGGUACAAACUCCAUAGUUCAUUUCGAUGCUGAUCAUAACAUUCAUUGUUUAGUCCACGGAAGAAAGGAUCCAGGAUCUGGUUCCGGAUACUCUAAUCUUAACGUCAGAAAAGUAGAUAUGAAAAAGCGUCCAAUGUUAAAGCGAGUACCCUGGACAUACGCCACAUUAAGAGCGGGCGAUUGUAUCUAUAUCCCAGGAGGUUAUAUUCAUCAAGUAAGAUCGUAUAACAGAACAAUAUCUGUAACGACGCUGUUUUCUCCUACAAGUUUCUUCAAUUCAAGUGGCUGUGAUGACUUAGAUAUAAAGCAUUUACCCCCAAUGAGUGAAGCACCAAUCCAUUGGACGUAUAAAGAAGGGGAUCGAACGAUCGACUUAGGCUAUAAGAAUCUUAUGGUUGUUCGUAAUAACUUACUUGACCCAUUUCGUGAGAAUGAAAAAAGGCGUAUAACCUUUAAAGAAUUUAGCAAGGUGUUGUAUAAAGAGCUAUCUGAUUCUUGGCAAAUGGAAGCAGAUGAAUUAUUUCGGAAAUUUAUUGAUCCUGAAGGUAAAGGUUAUUACACAAAAGAGGAUGUAUUAAAUAUGCCGAUUGAAAAUCUUAAAGGAGUUGCUAGAAAUAUGGAGGACCCUGCAGGUCCUUUAGAACCUGCUCCCAAAAUAGAAUGGGAAAAAAUAUUAGAAGAAAGAUUGGCUGAAGAAGAGAGAGAAAAACAAGCACAUAUGGAGGAAAUGGAAGGCCGAGAUGGGGCAGAUGACGAUGAAGAAGAAAUAGAUGAUGAAAUGGAAGAUGAUAAUGAUGAGCCAAUGUUCGAAGACGAAGGCGAUAAUACGGGAAAAGAACAGCGACACAAACAUGAGGAAUUAUAA